UUUGGAUAAAAUAAUUAGAAAAUGCCUAAAAAUACAUGUAUUUUUCAAUUAAAAUGGCUUGUUGACAGAAAAGAUGGAAACUGUUAUGAUUUUCAGUUAUUGUACUAAAGACAUUAAUAUUGCUAUCAUAGAAAAAGCUGCUUUAACUUCGCACAUGGAAGGUAAAAAGCACAUAGAGAGAUCUCCUUCUGCAAACAAUAUCAAGCCAUUAAUGCCAACUGCUACUAACACUGUUUUAGUUAAUGAGUUUAUGUCAAAAUGCUCAAAUAAAGCAAAACAUAAAAAAAAAAUAAUUAUAAAAUGCUAAUAAAUACAUAUACGCUAGAAGCUGAAGUUUGUUGGCUUCUUAAUAUUGUUUAUUCUAAAUAUUUAAUGAAUUCUUCAGCUGAUUCUGGUAAAUUAUUUUGUAAAAUGUUUCCAGAUAAUCAUUGCUAAGUUGUUUCAAUGUGGACCUACCAAUGCCAGUUAUGUUGAAACAUUCGGAUUAGCUUACUUUUUAAAAAACGAGUUGCUCACUUUCCUAUCUAAUACAUCUUAUUACGCUGUUACAAAAGGAAAUCAAGGAUUUGUACAAUCAAAAGAUGAUUUACAAGAAAAAAAGAUGAUUCAUGAAAAUUAUAAAUUCACUGCUAAAUCUUAAAAAAUCCAAUAAUUAAGCUGAGAUGUCGUCAGAAGAGUCAGAGCCAACUCGCUCAAGAUCAUGUGGAUCAAAGAAAAAAUUUAAGAAAAGGGAAGAGGUUUUGUUGUCAGAAGAGUCGGAGAUGACUCGAUCAAGAUCAUGUGGAUCAAAGAAAAAAUUGAAGAAAAGGGAAGAAGCUUUGUCUUCAGAAGAGUCGGAGCCGACUCGCUCAAGAUCAUGUGGAUCAAAAAAAAAAUUGAAGAAAAGGGAAGAAGCUUUGUCUUCAGAAGAGUUGGAGCCGACUCGAUCAAGAUCACGUGGAUCAAAUAAAAAAUUGAAGAAAAGGGAAGAGGUUUCGUCGUCAGAAGAGUCGGAGCCGACUCGCUUAAGAUCAUGUGGAUCAAAGAAAAAAUUGAAGAAAAGGGAAGAAGCUUUGUCUUCAGAAGAUUCGGAGCCGACUCGAUCAAGAUCUAGUGGAUCAAAGAAAAUUGUAGAAAAAAUGCUGCUUCAGUUAAUGGAACUGCAAAAAGAUACCUUACUACGUGUGAAGCAAUUAGAAGAAGAUAAAGAUACAGUAACGUUUUCUUCACAAGCCACAAACGAUUUGUCCUACGAUGGCUAUCGUAUUUGCCGUCGACGGCAUCGUGGGCCCACUUCCUACAGCUCCUACAGGAAGUGGGUCAACAAUAACGGAGUUGACAACUCCUCCUUUAAUUGGAAGGGAAGAAUGAGAGGAGGCGGCAGAGGUCGGGGUGGGUGGCUUAAUCAUAAAAAUUUUAACUUAUUUAAACUUUAAAUAUAUUGUAAAUAAAUGUUUA